AAAAAGAAAUUAUUUUUCAAAGAAAAAAAAAUUAUUUUCGAUUCAUCACCUGAUUGAAACCAGAUGGCAAUACUUUCGAAGAUUUUAAUGCUUUUCACCUGUCAAAUUAACUCCAGCUUCACAGCUUUUCUUAUUUUGGAAAUUUUUUUUUAUAUAUAUUCGUUGCCGUUAUUAUUAUUUGUAUAUGUAAUUCUUUGUAUCAUCAUAAAAAAUUCAAGCACAUGUGUCAGAUAAUUGCUGAAUGAAUAUAGAAUUGUAAAGAAUUGAAUUUAUUUAUGUCGAUCAAUGUGCAAUAUCCGUAUUCAUCUGUGCCAUAUUGUAACAAUAUUUGUUCAUUGUUUUUUUCUUGAUAUUCAUCGUUUUAUUAUCAUCAUCGUCGCCCACCAUCAUAAUUAUCGUAAUUGGCUUUCAUCGUCUCAAUUAUAAAGAAUUUUUUCUACGUUUGAACAAUUUGUAAAUGGGAUCCAAUCAUUGAAUUUUUUUUAGUUGAAAAAAAAAAUUUCACUCAAUGAUACAAUUAUUAUGUACCAAAAUAGUAGUAAUAGUAACAACAACAAAAAUAGAAAUGUAAAACAACUUCAAAAACAAUCCAAAAACAAUAAAGAUAAUGAUGUUCUUCAAGGUUAUCUUUUGAUACAUUCGAACGUUCAACAAGAGCAAUCAUCGCCAUUGGUCAAUCAUCGCAAAAAACGUUGGUUCGUUUUCAAUAAAGACAAUGGUAAACUAUAUUACUAUCGUACAAAAGAAGAUCUUUUUCCAUUGGGUGAGAUUAAUAUAAAUCAAUCAUCAUUUAUAUUGGCCAAUCCGACUACUGGUGUUGAUACAUUUCGAUUCGAAAUACGUUCAGGUGUAAAACGAUUCAUGCUCGAAGCGAAUACUCCCACCGAAGGUUUCCAUUGGGUUCGAAUGUUACAACAAUAUCGUCAAAGCUAUUUCCAACGAUUAGCUGAACCAUUAGCUGAUCGAUCGGAUAAAUCGUAUUUUUCAAUUGGUACCACCGCCGCCGUUACCGAAACUACAUCGGAUAAAUCAAAUGAAAGCGAAUUUUACCAAAGCUGUGAUAUGAACACUGUUGAUUCUCAUAGUCGAAACAAAAUUUUAAAUGAACAAAUGGUUCAACCGAAACCCAAAUUUCCGAAUCUAUCGGCUCAAAAACGUACUCAAUCAUUACCACCUGCUAAACGUGACCAAAAACUAUCGGUGCCAAUCACAAAUAGUGACCAUCGUCGACCAUCUCGUAUAUUUGGUGGAAUGUUUAGUGGUAAACCAAAUAAGCAGCUUGUCCACAAUAUUCAAGAUGAUUCUAUUAAAGAUGUUGACAUGAAUUGCUCACAAUGUCGGCGAUCAAAUGGUAGCCUAUUAGCAUUACGCCAUGAUAAAAUGGCCCUAGAAGAUGAAGUGAAAACUAAUCGUGAAGUUAUAAAAAUCUUACAAGAACAAUUAAGAAUUUUUAAUCAAAGUGAAAAACCGACAAAUUGUUCAGAUACGGAUGAUCCACGGUGUGAUGAUAUAAUUGCUUUGAAAAUCAAAUUAAACACAAUGGUUAAAGAUAAUGAAAAAUUGCGACAAGAAAAUUGUUCAUUAUCGACAACAAAACAAGUGUUGGAAGAAAUGCUUGAAUCUCGUGAUCGUACACUAGUUUCUUUAACACAUGAAGUUUAUGAUUUGGAAUGUAAAAAUUCUAGAAUGCAAACUCAUGCUGAAUUGGAACGAGAAUUUAUUCAGGAUGAAGUGCCGAGAAAACUUAAACAAAAAAUUGAACAGCUUGAGGAUACAGCCAUUGCAUUCGAACAACAAAACUAUUUUCUCAACAAAGAAAUAAUCGAAUUAAAUGAAAUUAACAGAAUUCUUGAACUUAAACACAAACAAUCCGAGGCAAAAUUGUGUGAAGUUGAAGCUAAAUCAUCGCAGAUACAAUCAAAAUUAUUGUCACUUUUGAAAGAAAUCAAUCAUUGUAUACAAGUUGAAGAACGCAAUCAAAAAGAGGUAUUUCAUGGUAUCGAAUCAUCAUCAUCAUCAUCAAAUUCAUUCGUCACUAAUGAAUCUGUUAAGCAAAUAGUAUCGAGAUUGCUUGAGGAAAGUUCUUUAGACAUUCCAUUAAGUUGGAAACCUGGAAAUCGACCAAGAUCUCGAUGGUCAAAUCAAUCGGCUUCGAAUUCAAUUUGUGGUGCCGAAUAUGAUGAAUUAGGAUUCUAUCAUCAUAACAAUGAAAGACCACGAUGUUAUGAUUUUGUUCUUGAUCCUGAUAAAAGUGAGAUCACAUGGCGUUCUAAAUGGGAUCAUUUUAUGAGCAAUUUAACUAAUCAUGGAGAAGUUCCGAUUGGCAAUUUUGAGCUAAAACAAAUGAUUCGGCUCGGUGUACCUCAGGAUUAUCGUUGUAAGAUUUGGCGUUCAUUGAUACAUCAACGUGUCAAAGAUCACAAAGCUAAAUUGAGUGAUGACUAUUACGAAUCAUUACUUCGUAAUCGUUCAAAACUUGGUUCGCAAAGCAAAGUUCUUGAUCCAUCGGCUAAACAAAUUGAAUUGGACUUGUUACGUACAUUGCCAAAUAAUCGUCAUUUCGAAAAUCUAGAAUCUGAUGGUAUUGAACGACUUCGUCGUGUGCUAUUGGCAUAUAGUCUCCAUAAUCCAUCGGUGGGCUAUUGCCAAGGAUUGAAUCGGUUAGCAGCUGUUGCAUUGCUAUUUAUGCCUGAAGAAGAUGCAUUCUGGUGUCUGGUGGCAAUCGUAGAAACAAUUAUGCCUAAAGAUUAUUAUGGCCGUAAUUUGCUCGGCGCACAUGUUGAUCAAUACGUAUUACGAGAUUUAAUUACGGACAAAUUGCCCCAAUUAUCACAACAAAUGGACCAUCAUCAUAUAGAAAUAUCAUUGUUUGCCUGGUUUUUGACCAUUUUUGUUGACAAUGUACCGGUGUUUGUCUAUCUACACAUCUGGGAUGUAUUCCUGCAUGAAGGUAGUAAAGUUUUGUUUAGAUUCGCAUUGGCCAUACUACGUCUGCAUGAAUCUGAACUGCUGCAGAUGACCGAUUCGGCAUCAAUGAAUCAAUUUCUGCGUACAUUAGAUGAAAGACAAUUCAAUCUACAACGGUUAUCUGAUAUAGCAUUCCGUGAACUGAACCCGUUUCCAUCCCGAUUAGUGCGAUCAAAACGAACACAUUAUACUGCUUUGGUCAUUGAAGAACUUAAAAAGAUUGAUGAAUUUCGUUACACAUUGAACAACGAUGAAACGAAAGGUGAACAAUUACAAACGGAAAAAUCAAAAUCAAAAGAUAAUUCUCAGCAAUCAUCAUUUGAUGAUAAUGAAUCUGAUUAAAAUUAAUGAAAAAAAUAAACAUAUCUUUUUUAUUGAUAAACACUACUGACAUUUGAUAUUACAAGAUGAUUAUUAUGAAAAAAAAUGAAAUUAUAAUCAUACAGCACAAAAUUUUAA